AUGUUUGCCAAAGCCUUCCACAAAGCCACCCACAACGGCAGCGUAGAAGCCUGGUCCUUCCACGACGACAGUUUCUCCUCACCGACAAAAGACAAAGUGUUCAUAUACCAAACCUCCGGUAAAGACAUUAGAGCAAUACUGCCCCAUACCCUAGUCAUCUGCGGCAUCUGCGACGAAGACCGCACAGCAACAAAAAUUCACCGUCAGCUCAUCGAUCUAAACAUUCUCACUCGCGAGAAUAAUCGCCUCAAUGCUGUUUCCAUCAAUGGCGCCGCCAUGGCCAAGAAAAUCGUCUUGAUAACUCGCCAUAAACUGUCUCUGCUCGUCAACUUUUUGUUUUGGUGGGAGGAAGAAAUGGCGAGAUGGGAUGGUUUUGAAGCUAGGAAGACAAGUUAUGCUCGGCAGUUGGAAGAAGCGCAUCCAGAGGAAAGUGUAAAGGAGAGGAUGAGGAAGGUGGAUGAGGCUGCAAGAGUCAUUGAGAGUAUGCAAAGGGAAUUGCCGAGUCAAAGGCAGGAAGGCAAGGAGACUAGUCUGAAUACUACGNGGGGAAGUAGGAGGCAGUGGGAAUUGAUGGAAAUGGAGAGGCGGGUGGCUGAAAGGGGAGGGUCGAGUGAAGAGAUCGUUGAGGAUGACGGUGGAUUGCCUGUAUAUACGCAUGUGUAA